CCCCCUUUUGUUCCAGCCAGGUUUCUUCCGCAGGCCGCCCUGGAAUUGCAUGGAUCCAGAUAUGAGCAUAGCAUAAGCAGGAGGCCAUCCCACCACAAAACACGGACGUCCUCUACAUGACUUUUUGUUUCAGGGUGUUCAAGCGUCGUUGAGUCUGGCGUCGGCCAAGUCGGUUUUUCUUCUCUACACUCGCUCAUUUGCAUCUUCGUUGUCCUCACUCGCCACCAGCAUUGCUUUUCCGACGGUCCCUUUCGCCCCUCGAAGAUCCAAUUCCCACAGCAGCAUGCCUACAACAGAGCGGUUGAUGCGCACGUAAGAUUGUCAAAGGAAGCGAAAUAUUGCUGGAAAACACACAAUGAAGCAGCCACAAGCCGCUCGGCCGGCGCAUAUGGCAACGACCACAUUGAAAGUGGACGGCAUGACCUGCGGCGCCUGCACAUCGGCAAUUGAGUCAGGCUUCAAAGGCGUGGAUGGAGUCGGAGCGGUGUCUGUAAGCUUGAUGAUGGGACGCGCGGUGAUACAUCAUGAUCCCACGAAGAUCCCGCCGGAGAAGCUCGUUGAAAUGGUCGAAGAUCGCGGCUUCGACGCCCAAGUGCUUACGACGGACAUGCCGGAACCGGUGGCGCUGGCCUCACAACAGGGUGCACUGAGUUCGACAGCCGCGUCGAUCCCCAAAAUGACUACAACAACCAUAUCAAUAAAAGGAAUGACUUGCGGCGCGUGUACUUCCGCCGUGGAGGCUGGUUUCCAGGAUGUGGCAGGUGUCAAGAGCAUGAGCGUAUCAUUACUUGCUGAGCGUGCGAUUGUGCAACACGAUGCGGACAUCAUCAGUGCUGAAGCUCUGGCUGAAAUAAUCGAAGAUAGGGGGUUUGACGCUGCGGUGCUGGAAUCUAAGAAGCAGGAGGACCUCAAGCUCACCAUCCCAGACACGACCGGCAAUAGCAUUGGAAACAGUACUUGGACGACGACCGUCGCAAUCGAGGGCAUGACCUGUGGAGCUUGUACUUCAUCCGUGGAAGGCGCUUUCAAAGACGUCCCAGGCUUGGUGCGGUUCAACAUAAGCCUGCUGGCGGAACGCGCUGUUAUUUCACAUGAUCCUAUUGCUCUGCCAUCGGAAAAAAUCGUUGAACUUAUCGAAGACGCUGGCUUCGAUGCGAAGAUUAUAUCUUCACAAGCAGAGACUGCCCUGCACGGAUCUCCAGUGGCGUCGCAACAGCUACGAAUCUAUGGCCUUUCCGAUGGCAAGGCCGCCACGGACCUGGAGAACGAAUUGAGAUCGAACCCCGGCAUCAAGAAUGCUGUCAUCAGCUUAUCCACCUCCCGCGCCACUGUCACCUACGACCCUGCCAUGAUCGGUCUCAGAAACAUUGUUAGCAUUAUCGAAGCGGCCGGUUUCAAUGCCCUGGUGGCGGACUCCGAGGACAACAACGCUCAACUAGAGUCUUUGGCCAAGACCAAAGAAAUCCAGGAGUGGAAGCGUGCAUUCUUUACUUCUUUGGGCUUCGCCAUUCCCGUGUUCGUGAUCAGCAUGAUUCUGCCCAUGUUUCUACCGUCGUUGGACUUUGGGCGUUGGCAAAUUAUACCCGGUCUGUUCUUGGGCGAUGUUAUCUGCUGCGCAUUGACCGUACCUGUGCAAUUCGGCAUCGGCAAACGCUUUUACAGAUCAGCGUACAAGAGUUUGAAACACAAGUCCCCUACAAUGGACGUUCUGGUUGUUCUCGGUACCUCGGCGGCGUUCUUUUUCAGUUGUUUUGCCGUCAUCGUCGCGGUUCUGAUUCCACCUCACAACAAACCGGGGACAGUGUUCGAUACGAGCACCAUGUUGAUCACAUUCAUCACUCUAGGACGAUGGUUGGAAAACCGUGCCAAAGGACAAACAUCCAAGGCGUUGUCGAAUCUGAUGUCUCUCGCACCCAGCAUGGCGACAAUCUACGAGGACCCAUUGUACGCUGAGAAGCUGGCAGAUGCCUGGACGGUGCCAGAGACUCCGGUCAAUGAGAAGACCCCUUCGAUCUCUUCGAGACAUAACAGUCUGUCAGCACCAUCAGGGCCAUCUGCAGUCGAGAAAGUCAUUCCCACCGAGCUGAUUGAAGUUGGAGACGUGGUCAUUCUCCGUCCCGGCGAUAAGGUUCCAGCUGAUGGGAUUGUCACUCGAGGGCAAAGCUACGUCGACGAAAGCAUGGUAACCGGAGAACCCAUUCCAAUUUUCAAGAAAAAGGGAAGCGCUCUGAUUGCUGGUACGGUUAAUGGUGCUGGCAAGCUCGAUUUCAAAGUCACGCGUGCUGGUAAAGAUACACAGCUGAGUCAGAUUGUGAACCUGGUCCAGGAAGCGCAAACUAGUCGAGCUCCUAUCCAGCGUAUGGCGGAUUUGGUUGCCGGAUAUUUCGUCCCUGUUAUUAUUCUGCUCGGUCUCACCACCUUUAUUGGCUGGAUGGUGCUCAGUCAUACUUUGCCAAAUCCUCCCAAGAUCUUUAUCGACAGGCAAAGCGGAGGAAAGUUCAUGGUCUGUCUGAAACUUUGCAUUUCGGUUAUUGUAUUCGCCUGCCCCUGCGCACUUGGGUUGGCAACCCCCACAGCAGUCAUGGUCGGGACAGGCACUGCAUCGCAGCAGGGGAUUCUUGUCAAGGGAGGAGCUGCGCUCGAAGCAGCCACCCGUAUCACUCAUAUUGUCCUCGACAAGACUGGAACGUUGACAUUCGGCAGACUGCAGGUUGCUGAUACACAUAUUGGAGCUCUCUGGGCCUCCAGUGAGGGGAAGACCAAGCUAUGGUGGACUCUUCUUGGGCUUGCCGAGGCAGGUUCCGAACACCCUAUCGCUAGAUCCGUGGUGAACGCAGCGAAGCAACGAUUAGACCUUGAUACCGAAGACCCUUUCCGGGGCCAGGUGGUGACGUUUGGGGUAACGGUAGGCCAAGGCGUGUCGGCUCUGAUUGAGGCCGAGGACCCAGAUUCCCCAGACAACCAACAAGCCAAAUACAAAGUGUAUGUUGGCAACGCCAAGUUCUUGCGCGGGAAGCAGAUCGAAAUUCCCGCCGAUGUCGAGGCUGAGGCUGCGGGCACCACAUCAACGAGUUCGGGUGCAACCAAACGACAACCCAAAACCGGUCUCACCGUCGUCUACGUUGCGAUCAAUAACGAGUAUGCUGGCACCUUGGACCUCUCGGAUACCCUGAAACCUACCGCUCCAGCUGCCAUUGCCGCACUGCACAAGAUGGGCAUCAGCACAUCGCUCGUGACUGGUGACACGUACAAUACGGCACUCAGCAUCGCCUCGCUCGUGGGCAUUCCAACGGACUCAAUCCGAGCCUCAGUGUCCCCUGGAGACAAACAGUCGAUUGUGGCGGAGCUCCAAGCCCAAGGUGAGGUCGUUGCCAUGGUGGGUGACGGAAUCAACGACUCUCCGGCUCUGGCGACGGCCAACAUCGGUAUCGGGCUGGUAUCCGGGAGCGACAUUGCCGUCGAGGCGGCCGACAUUGUCAUCAUGCGGUCUGACGACCUGCUCAACAUUCCUGCGGCGCUGCACCUAUGCCGAGUGAUCUUCCGCCGCAUCAAAAUGAACCUCAUUUGGGCGUGCGCGUAUAAUGUCAUUGGUCUGCCGUUCGCCAUGGGCAUCUUCUUGCCGUUUGGCUAUCACAUGCCCCCGUUGAUGAGUGCUACCGCCAUGAUGUUCAGCAGUAUCAGCGUCACAUUGUCAAGUCUUGCUUUGAGGUGGGCCAGACGUCCGAAGUGGUUGACGGUCGAUCAUCUAGAGAUGGAGGCGGGCAAGAUUGCGGUUCCUGCGCUGGGCCACAGGCGGAAACUGGGAUUCUUGGCUUCCCUUAGGGACCAAGUUUCGGCCUUGUUCGACGGCGCCCUCACCAAGAGGAGGGUGGUGGCCGACCGUGAGCGCGGAAGUUAUGUCCCCUUGCGCACUGUCGAGCCUGUAUAAGCGAGCUGAACUAUCAACAAUUUUUUCUUUUAUAUCGUUGUCGCUUUUGCCGUCGUUUAUGGUUGCCUUAUCAUUAUAUAUAUAGAUAAUGCGGAUCAAUAUAUUGGAUCAGGAUAACGGCCAGAAUCGCCCUUUACUUUUCCCUAGUGUCAGCUCAUUCUACGGUUUGCAGCGGAAUAGCCUUAGUCCAGUGCCGGACGGGUCGCCUCGUUGCCUUGGCCGCUGGACAAUUUUUUGCAAUUAACAUUGUCCCAC